AUGGAUUUGAUCUCUACGCUGAACUCCCUUACGCCCAGUUUUUAUCAGCUCGCGAGCAGCGAAGGUAACAGUGCCGAUGUGGAGGCCAUCUACGACUUUCCGCCCUCCGAGGAGCCAGUGUACAUUUUGGGGCGAAAGUACAGCUCACUGCAUGAACUGGAGGAGAUUCGCGCCGACGUCUACUCGCUGAUAUGGGUCACCUACCGCCGAGGUUUUCCCUCGAUCGGCGACUCGGGCCUGACUGCGGACAGUGGCUGGGGCUGCAUGCUUCGCACCGGGCAGAUGGUUCUCGCCCAGGCGCUCUGUAAGCUUCACCUGGGCCGCGACUGGCGGUGGCGCGACUACGAGAAGUACCUGAAGUACCGACGCAUUCUGAAGCUGUUUGCCGACCAGAAGACGGCGCCCUACUCCAUCCACCAGAUUGCCCUGAUGGGCGCCUGUGAGGGCAAGGAGGUGGGCGAGUGGUUCGGCCCCAACACUGUGGCGCAGGUGCUCAAAAAGCUGUCAGUGUACGACAAGGUCAAUGACAUUCACGUCCACGUCGCCAUGGACAAUAUGGUCUUUAUUGACGAUAUCAAACGCUUCUGCAAGUCGAAGAUCAGGCUGGAGUCGAUGCGCCUGGCCACCUCGACGUUGGCCGUCGAGGCGACGGAGCUUAACGAAAGCGCCGACUACUGGCGGCCGCUGGUGCUCUUCAUUCCCCUCCGCCUCGGCCUGACCGACAUCAACCCGCUGUACUUUCGCUCGCUGAAGAGCACCUUUGCCCUGCCGCAGUCGCUGGGCAUUCUCGGCGGCCGGCCCAAUCACGCCCUCUACCUGAUUGGCUGCGUCGGCGAUGACCUCGUCUACCUCGAUCCGCACACCACGCAGGCGGCGGUGAACAUUGCCGAGGAGGCGGUGGGGAAGAUGAAGACGGUGCACAGACCGGAGCAUAACUUUGAAGAAGCCUCUGAAGACGGCGGCUCCUCAACUGCUGAAGAAGCUCUGACUGAGGUGUGCGAUGACGUUUCCUACCACUGCGAGCGUGCCUCCCGUCUGCCGAUCGCCUCCCUCGACCCCUCCCUCGCCCUCUGCUUCCUCUGCACCACCGAGGAGGACUUUGACCAGUGGGCGACGCUGGUGAUGAAGAAGCUGGUCGGCGGUGGGCAGCAGCACUCGGGACACUCCUCCCCCGAGAAGGAGUCCCAAACGCAGCCGCUCUUUGAGAUUAUGAAGGAGCGACCGCCCAACUGGCCCGGCUUUGAGGAGGACUUUGAGCUGGGCGCCUCCACCUCCACCUCCACCUCCACCACCUACACCUCAUCCUCUGCAGCCACCUCCUGCAGUAAGGCCUCCUGUCAUAAUCAGUCUCAGCACUCGCAAUCAGCCACUGGCCAAUGCUCAACUUCGGCGGCUGCGGCGGCGGCAGUUGUGGACGGCUCUGUGCCCUCGCCGGCCUCCUCCUUUACCGCCCUCGAGUCGGACGAAGAUUACGAAAUUAUCGACUAA